AUGUUACCAUCCGAAGAACAUAAGCGUGUCAAACGUAAACACGAAGACAAGAAGGCAGCUGAAAUGCCUACGGCUGAAUCCAAACAAGUCAAAGACCAGGACUACAACGCUUCUACCUUUGCAAAUGCUAUCCAUGGAAUGCCACCCACUUUGCUUGCCUCAUCACCGCCAAACGACUGGUGCUUCCGUAUGAAGGCUACAAAACAGUCGAGCUCUCAACCGAGAUACAUGAGUAAGAAGAGAUGCAGGCAGGUAGCCGUUCCGCACAAUCAGUCCGAGGCAUAUUUCAAGCCGCCGCCGACGGAACAAGUCGAGAAGUACGCCAGGAGGCCGCUCCCAAGAGUUGUCCCAUCGAACUACCCUCUGCGCCAGAGUACGGCUUUUCGAGGAUCGGGGCUGACUGGAAAGGCCGGCGAGGUGCUCGGCGCUACGAACAAAUAUGCUUGCGCGGCGCCAAAGCAAGCGCGGAGUGCGGCGAAGGAAGCAACGAAGUCAGGGAGAUUGUCGGAGGCAGUGCGCGACGCCGCGCAGUCUUUACGAGGCCAGCGGCCCGCCAAAACGAGCUCGAGCUGCACUGUCAUGUGA